AUGUUUCUGGUCUUAUCUUCUCCCACUUCCGGUUAUCCGACCUCCGUCAUCGCCUCACCGUGCGCCGCCGCCGUGUGCCGUCGAGAAUCGGCCUCUUUGCGCUCGUCAAGGAAUCGAGCCUCAGCUGUCGCUGUCCGUCGCGAGGAGCAACCUUUUGUUCCGGAGGUUGAGAACGCGGUGGACUCGCUGUAUUCGGAGUUUCGAGCGGUGGAUAAUUUGGUGGCCCGCAACUCUAGGCGAGUGCUUAAAGCUUUUCAGAAUGCUCGUGUUGGGUCUCAUCACUUUGGUGGCAGCACAGGCUAUGGUCAUGAAGAAGCUGGUGGGCGUGAAGCACUGGAUCAAGCCUUUGCAGAAAUUUUUGGUGCUGAAUCUGCAAUUGUUCGAGCUCAGUUUUUCUCAGGGACUCAUGCUAUCACCUGUGCUUUGUUUGCUUUUUUGAGGCCAGGGGAUGAGCUUCUGGCAGUUGCUGGAGCUCCUUAUGACACUUUGGAAGAGGUCAUUGGAAUUAGGAACUCUGGCAAUAUAGGUUCUUUGAGAGAUUUUGGUAUAAAUUAUAGAGAAGUUCCACUUGCUGAGGAUGGAGGUCUCAACUGGGAUGCCCUCAGGAUAGCUUUGAAGCCACAAACAAAAUGUGCACUUAUUCAGAGGUCAUGUGGCUAUUCAUGGAGGCGAAGCCUUAGUGUAGAUGAAAUUGAGAAGGCAAUAAAGAUAAUCAAGUUGCAGAAUCCCGAUUGUUUGGUCAUGGUGGAUAACUGUUAUGGCGAAUUCACAGAGAUAAUUGAACCUCCAAUGGUGGGAGCUGACCUAGUAGCUGGAAGCUUUAUUAAAAAUCCAGGUGGAACAAUCGCACCAUGCGGUGGAUAUGUUGCUGGAAGUAGAAAAUGGGUGGCUGCAGCAGCUGCUCGUCUCUCGGCACCAGGCCUGGGAAUUGACUGUGGUUCAACUCCGGGUGAUAUCAUGCGGAUAUUUUUUCAGGGUUUGUUCCUUGCUCCACAAAUGGUUGGGGAAGCAAUAAAGGGAGGCCUUCUGAUUGCUGAAGUAAUGGCAGGGCGAGGGUACAAGGUCCAACCAGAUUGCAGGGUUCCUCGCCAUGAUAUAGUACAGGCAGUACAACUUGGAAGUCGUGAACGCUUGCUUGCUUUCUGUGAGGCUGUGCAGAAAAAUUCGCCUGUUAGUUCUUUUACAAAGCCCAUAGCCGGUGCAACUCCUGGCUAUGCAUCUGAGGUGAUAUUUGCUGAUGGGACUUUUAUUGAUGGAAGCACAAGUGAACUUUCAUGUGACGGGCCUCUGAGAGAACCAUUUGCUGUUUAUUGUCAGGGUGGCAGCCAUUGGACUCAAUGGGGACUUGUUCUAGGGGAGGUUCUAAAAGUUUUGUAG